ACCUUCAGUUUUUGAAACCUGCAAUUCUGUAGAUCCCCUUACCCAUACCCCAUGACAACUUUAACUACUCUAUAAAGCUACUUACUAUCCCCUUUUGGAGAGCCAAUUACCCCCCCCCCCCCUCCUCUCUCUCACACACACACAAAAUUGUAUGUAGAAGUAAGGUUGUUUAGAGUUUGAAUGGAGAAUCAGUUGGGUCUGCUGAGAAUCCGUAUCCUUAGAGGCAUAAAUUUGGCCAUUAGAGACUUCAGAAGCAGCGAUCCUUAUGUUAUUGUUAGGAUGGGCAGACAGAAAUUGAAGACUAGAGUGGUGAAGAAGAAUGUCAAUCCCGAAUGGAAUGAUGACUUGACACUAUGUAUUGCUGAGCCAAUUUUGCCAAUCAAGCUGCAAGUCUAUGACAAGGAUACAUUCUCUCGCGACGAUAAAAUGGGCGAUGCAGAGCUUGAUAUUGUACCCUUUAUAAAUGCAGUAAGGACGAAGUGCGCUAAGAACAUCCCCAGUGGAACCAUAAUCACCAAAAUAAUUCCAAGCAGGCAGAAUUGCUAUUCUGAAGAAAGCUGUAUUGUUUAUGAAAAUGGCAAGAUUGUCCAAAAUGUGUUUCUUAGGUUGAGAAAUGUUGAGUGUGGUGAAAUAGAGCUCCAGUUGCAUUGGAUAGACAUUCCUGGUUCCAAGUGUCUGUAGCUAGUUGUAUCCAACUAUAUAUUGUGGACACCAUGUACACUAUGCUUUCUGGUUUUCAAAAAUUUUAAUGGCCUUGUAAAAAGUAAAAAAAAAAAAACUAGAUGUUAUAAUUGUCUAUAUGAACACUGACAUUCAACUAAAUGAACUUGUCCUUUUUUUUC